AAAUCUUAAUGGUUUUGAGUGUCUUUCUGGUGUUUCUCCGGCUUAGGGAUUCUGAAAAGACAGGAAUCCCCUUAAAAGCAGACGAAUGCCCCUUUGAAAGCACGCAUUGUGUGCGUUUCUAGAGGAGCAGUGCGCUUGGGAAUUAAAGGCAGGCUUCCCCGUUCGGUGGUUUCCAGUGGGAAAUCACUCCGGAAAGGAAGCCCUUCUGUAUCGAUUUAUUGUUUUUGUCUUCCCAACCAUUAUCUCUUUGACUAAAAUACUGUCUGAGAAGUUCCACGGAGACAAAGUCAGGUAAACUAGACUGGGCAGCUCUUUAAGCAAGAUGGUGAUGACGGUGAUGCUGUUUUGGGUGUCUGUUUGCGAUGGAAGCAUUGUUGGGUAAUUGCAAUUUCUGAUCGGUAGAGCAUGCUGGUUCUAAAAAAAUAAGUUAGUGCUGAAAGCCUUCUUCCAGCCCCCUCCCCUACACGCUGCCUCACCCCUCCUCCCCGACCCACACCGCUUACUACAAUUCUGAAAUUGGAUCCAACUGCAAAUAUUUUCUUUUAUGAUCGGAAAGUUGUGCAGUUGAAAUAAGGAGAUGAGGCCAGAGGUACUGGGUGUGUGUGCCUAUGUGUGUGUGUGUGGGGGGGGGGGGGUUAGUGCCAGGUGCUGUUUUUAUUCUUUAUGUAUGUCUGUGCAGGAUUCUCACUGUGCAUGUCUGCCUAAAAAGACUGUGGAGGGAAGGAUUUCCGAUUUGUUUCCGUUUCAAAUAAACUGUCCUGAUAAUCUUGUGAAUGACGUUUAAUACUAAAAGGACGAUUUGUGUGUCUCUUCAACCCAGCAGAAACUGUUUUCCUAAGGGGAGUUUCUUCUGGAUUCUACAGCAGCGACGUUUCCUUGUCAGUCUCUACCUCAUCCCUGUCCAGUAAAGUUUGGUGGGAGUCCAUGGUCUCUAAGGAAAUUCUGAUAGUACUUGUUUUCCUCUUACAUUCUUUUCUCUUCUUUUUCUUUUCGUGCCUUCACUCUUCAUGCUGUUUGUCUUCGUUUUCUAUAGGCUUGCGCUGAAAACUUUCAUGAAGUAGCUGUCAUCAAAACUAGGAGUUGGGGCCCCAUUCCCUCACUCUCUUGUGGCUCACACAGUUGCAGAUCUGAUCUCUUCUGAACACCUCACCGUGUCUCCAUCCCUGGGACUCUGAACCCAGCAGCUGGACUACUUUGUUCUUGGAAUUUUGGGCAUCCUUUCUUUUUGCUUUCCUUUUGUCCUUCUCUCUUCUCCCUCCUGAGAACUCCUGAAGACUGUGGGAUUGUCAUGGAGUCCAGGGAAAUCUUGAGCAGCUCCCGGCAGAGAGGGGGUGAGUCUGAGUUCCUGCCAGUCUCCUCAGCCAAGCCUGCCACUGCUCCUGGCUGUGCAGGAGAACCUUUGCUGUCCAGUCCAGGACCCGGGAAGAGCAUCCCAGUGGGAGGAGAACGCAUGGAGCCAGAGGAGGAGGACGAACUUGGCUCAGGGCGGGAUGUGGAUUCUAACUCCAAUGCAGACAGUGAGAAAUGGGUGGCAGGAGAUGGCUUGGAAGAGCAGGAGUUUUCCAUCAAAGAGGCCAACUUCACUGAGGGGAGUCUGAAGCUGAAGAUUCAGACCACAAAGCGAGCGAAGAAACCCCCAAAGAAUCUGGAGAACUAUAUCUGCCCACCUGAGAUCAAGAUCACCAUCAAGCAGUCUGGGGACCAGAAAGUGUCCCGUGCUGGGAAAAAUAGCAAAGCUACGAAGGAAGAAGAAAGAAGCCACUCCAAAAAGAAGCUCCUCACAACCAGUGACCUUGCAGCCAGCGACCUCAAAGGAUUUCAGCCACAGGCUUAUGAGAGGCCCCAGAAACACCCUACUCUCCAUUAUGACCCAGGCCUCUCACAGGACUUCACCAGUGACACCUUAAAACCAAAGCACCAGCAAAAAAGCAGCAGCCAGAACCAUGUGGACUGGUCCACCAACUCUGACAGUGGACCCUCCAGUCAGAAUUGCUUCAUCAGUCCAGAGUCAGGCCGAGAAACUGCAAGCACCAGCAAGAUCCCAGCUCUUGAGCCUGUGGCUUCCUUUGCCAAGGCCCAGGGAAAGAAAAGCAGUGCAGGGAGCACAUGGAGUCAGUUGUCUAACAACAGUAAAGAUCUGCUUCUGGGAUCUGUGGUUCCAUCUCCAAGCAACCGCAGCUCACCAGCCCCUGCUAGCAGCUCUUCUGAGUGCAAUGGUCUCCAGCCCUUAGGAGAUCAAGAAGGAGGAGGUACAAAGGAACCCUCAGAACCACCUACUACAGGCAGCAAGAAAAAGUCAAGUAAAAAGGAUGUGAUAAGUCAAACCAUACCAAACUCAGACCUGGAUUGGGUCAAGAGUGCCCAGAAAGCAUUUGAAAACACAGAAGGGAAAAGAGAGGGUUACUCUGCAGAUAAUGCCCAGGAGAUAUCACCAGCCAAGCAGAAUGUGAGUUCUGUAGGUAAUCUUGAAACUGACUCUAGUCAUGUCAGGAUUACUAUCCCCAUCAAGGCACCCUCUCUAGAUCCAGCCAGCCAUAAGAGGAAAAAGAGACAGUCCAUUAAAUCAGUGGUGGAAAAGAUCAUCCCAGAGAAAGCACUGGCUUCUGGAAUCUCCAUGAGCAGUGAAGUCGUUAACAGGAUACUUUCUAACUCAGAGGGAAGUAAGAAAGACUCCCGUGUCCCUAAAUUGAGUAAAAUGAUAGAGAGUGAACCCCCCUCAAUUAGCCUUGAAACUGGUGGAAAUAUAGAGAAAAUAAUCCCAGGAGGAAUGUCCAAGCAGAGGAAACUACCCAUCGUCAUGGCGUCUCCCACAUGCACAGAUCACUCCCCCUCAAGAAAGCUGCCUGACAUCCAACAUCCAAAAUUUGCUGCAAAACGGAGAUGGACGUGCAGCAAGCCAAAACCCACAAGUAUGCUUCGAGAGGCAGUCAUGGCCACCUCUGAUAAACUGAUGGUGGAACCCCCAUCUGCUUACCCUAUCACCCCAUCCAGCCCUCUGUACACCAACACCGACAGUCUUACUGUGAUCACUCCAGUCAAAAAGAAGCGAGGACGACCAAAGAAGCAGCCUUUGCUCACUGUGGAGACGAUUCAUGAGGGUACUUCCACCAGCCCAGUCAGUCCCAUCAGCCGAGAGUUUCCUGGCACCAAGAAAAGAAAGAGGCGACGCAACUUAGCUAAGUUGGCCCAGUUGGUGCCAGGAGAAGACAAACCCAUGAGUGAAAUGAAAUUUCACAAAAAGGUUGGAAAACUUGGUGUGUUGGAUAAGAAGACCAUCAAAACUAUCAAUAAGAUGAAGACACUCAAGAGGAAAAAUAUCUUGAACCAGAUCUUGUCCUGUUCCAGUAACAUUGCCCUGAAGGCCAAAGCUCCCCCAGAGACCAGUCCUGGGGCAGCCUCAAUUGAAAGCAAACUGGGCAAGCAGAUUAAUGUCAGCAAGAGGGGGACCAUCUACAUUGGCAAGAAGAGAGGCAGGAAGCCAAGAACAGAGCUGCCACCCCCAUCCGAAGAUCCUAAGUCAGCCAUCAAGCACUCCAGGUCUGUCUCCAGCCAGCCGGAUGUUCCAGCCGUGCCUUCCAACUUCCAGUCACUUGUGGCAUCCUCACCAGCAGCUAUGCACCCACUUUCCACGCAGUUGGGUGGGUCCACUGGCAACCUGAGCCCCGCCAGCACUGAAACUAGUUUUUCAGAGUUGAAAACUAUGCCAAACCUCCAGCCCAUCAGUGCUCUUCCAACCAAAACCCAGAAGGGAAUUCACAGCGGAACCUGGAAGCUGUCUCCCCCCAGGCUGAUGGCCAACUCCCCUUCGCACCUGUGUGAGAUAGGCUCACUAAAGGAAAUCACAUUGUCCCCUGUGAGCGAGUCCCACAGUGAGGAGACCAUCCCAAGCGACAGUGGCAUCGGGACAGACAACAACAGCACGUCUGACCAAGCAGAGAAGAGUUCAGAAUCCCGACGGAGGUACUCUUUUGAUUUCUGCUCCUUGGACAACCCUGAGGCCAUUCCAUCUGACACCAGCACAAAGAACCGGCAUGGCCACCGGCAGAAGCAUCUCAUUGUGGACACCUUCCUGGCCCACGAAAGCCUCAAGAAGCCAAAGCACAAGAGGAAAAGGAAAAGCCUGCAAAACCGUGAUGAUCUCCAGUUUCUGGCUGAGCUGGAAGAGCUCAUCACCAAAUUCCAAGUAUUCAGGAUCUCCCACCGGAGUUACACCUUUUACCAUGAGAAUCCAUAUCCCAGCAUUUUCCGGAUUAAUUUUGAUCACUAUUACCCGGUGCCAUAUAUCCAGUAUGACCCAUUGCUCUAUCUUCGUAGGACUUCAGACUUGAAGUCAAAGAAGAAACGUGGUAGGCCUGCAAAAACCAAUGACACCAUGACAAAGGUGCCUUUUUUACAAGGGUUCAGCUACCCUAUUCCCAGUGGAAGUUACUAUGCAGCCUAUGGAAUGCCUUACACAUCAAUGCCUAUGAUGAACCUGGGUUACUAUGGUCAGUACCCCGCUCCUCUCUAUCUAUCGCACACACUUGGAGCAGCUUCCCCAUUCAUGAGGCCAACGGUGCCACCGCCUCAGUUCCACACAAGCUCCCAUGUGAAAAUGUCUGGGGCAGCUAAGCAUAAAGCAAAGCAUGGAGUACACCUGCAGGGACCAGUUGGCAUGGGCCUCAGUGACAUACAGCCAUCACUGAACCCUCCCAAGGUGGGAAGUGCCGCUCUGACUGGUGGUCGACUCCACAAGAGGAAACACAAACACAAGCAUAAGCACAAGGAAGACCGGAUCCUGGGGACCCAUGACAACCUGAGUGGUCUCUUCGCAAGCAAAACCACAGGCUUCUCCAGCCACCUCCUGAGUGAGCGGUUGAGUGGUGCAGACAAAGAUCUCCCGCUGGUGAGUGAGAAGGCCAAGCAUAAGGAAAAACAGAAGCACCAGCACAGUGAAGCUGGCCACAAGGCCUCCAAGAACAACUUUGAGGUGGACACCCUGUCUACACUGUCACUUUCAGAUGCCCAGCAUUGGACACAGGCCAAGGAUAAAGGCGACUUGAGUAGUGAGUCUGUGGACUCAUGCCCUAAAAGAUACUCUGGCAGUAGCGGAGAUGGUAGCAGCACAAGAUCUGACAGCUUGGACAUGUUCAGUGAAAUGAACCCUUCCAGUGACAAGUGGGACAGUGACAUGAGUGGGAGUAAAAGGAGAAGCUUCGAAGGCUUUGGGACAUACAGGGAAAAGGACAUCCAAGCCUUCAAGAUGAACCGUAAGGAAAGAAGUUCGUAUGACUCCUCUAUGUCUCCAGGGAUGCCAAGUCCCCACUUGAAAGUGGACCAGACAACAGCACACAGUAAGAACGAGGUUCCAGUGUCCACCAUGAUGACCAGGAAGAAGCCAGCUGCAGUUGACAGUGUUGCAAUUCCACCAGCCCCAGUAUUAUCUCUCCUGGCUGCCUCCACAGCAACGUCAGAUGCAGCCAGCUCCUCCCUGAAGAAGCGAUUCAAGCGGCGGGAGAUCGAAGCCAUCCAGUGCGAAGUGCGGAAGAUGUGCAACUACACCAAGAUCCUGUCCACCAAGAAGAACCUGGACCACGUGAACAAGAUCCUGAAGGCCAAGCGGCUGCAGAGACAAUCAAAGACAGGCAACAACUUCGUCAAGAAGAGGCGGGGGCGUCCCCGCAAGCAGCCCAGCCAGUUCGAUGAGGACUCCAGAGACCAGAUGCCCGUGCUGGAGAAAUGCAUCGACCUGCCCACCAAGCGGGUGCAGAAGCCUAGCCUGAGCCCGCUGGUGCUGGAGCCCGCCGCCAGCCAGGACGCCGUCAUGGCCACCAUCGAGGCGGUCAUCCACAUGGCCCGCGAGGCGCCGCCCCUGCCCCCGCCCCCGCCGCCGCUGCCCCCGCCCCCGCCGCCGCCCCCGCCCCCGCCCCCCGCGCUGCCCAAAGCCCCCAGGGGCGGCAAGCGGAAGCUCGCGGUGCCCCCUGCCGGCCAGCCCGCGCAGGCGUCCCCGCAGCAGCCCCCGCCCCAGGAGGAGGAGGUGAAGGCCAAAAGGCCCCGGAAGUCCCGAGGGAGCGAGAGCGAUGUCCUCCCCUAAGGUGGGUUUGGGCGUCUGAACCUGGGGCUGCGGGACUGAGGCAUUGCAGGCGCAGCGAGCUGGGGUGGGGGUGGAUCCCCCACUGCGGGGGACCCCGACGCCCUUCUCUCCAGAAGCUGGGCGGGCAGAUCGGGCCAGAUGACAGGGUUCAGCCAUCGGAGCUCUUGGGAUAGCCGAGCAGGGGGACACCUUCCAAAGAAGCUCGCCCGUGCUGCGCAGCAGGGCCCAGCCCGGCGGCACUUGUGUGUGGCUGGAGCCCUCUCGGGCAGCAGAACACCGACCCGGGGAGGAGGCUGGUGCUCUCGGGGCCACCUGACCUUCCGCAGCCGAGGGGCGCCCUUCUCCAGCGUGCACUUGCGGGCCAGGAAAACCGGAAGGGGAAAGGCCUCAAUUAGGAAACAUUCCAAGGGGAGAGAAGCUGCAAAUGUGUCAACUGGCUUUGUUGUAACCCACUUCCACUUAAUUGGUUUUUAUUUCUUUUGGUUUGCAAGUUCUUCUAGGCUGGGUGGGGGGCACUGACGUCAUCGCAGGUGACCUAAAUCUUUCCGUUAACAGUGGUUUUCUCAGAUGGAACUGUGUAAUCAGAAGGUGACAUUCUAGUGAUAGGCGACCUUAAACCUGCAUUCAUAUUCUUCCGUGUGCCUCUGUCCUACAUACACUGGUUUUUAGCAUCGACUGUUCCUGCUUUUCCUUUGCUCAUUGUACUUUCCAUGUUCUGUACCUUCUCCUUAACUUGCUGCCUUCUUUUCUUGGUACACAUCUAAAUAAUUGUGAACCUUACCUUUGUAGUAAAGUCCACCCUUGGUGCACUGUCCCGAGGAACCUGGCUUUGAAUCCCAAUCGUUGUGAAACACGUACUCAGUAUUGAUGGAGCCUUUUAAAUAAGUGACUGGGAACAGCCCCGGAUAUGGUGACCCAGGUGUCAAACAAGUUAUGUUUUACUUAAAACAUAAUAGCAGAGAACAGACAGACUAAAAUGGUUUUAAUACCCCACAGCAAAUGGGAUAACUGACAAGCCACCAAAAAGGAGAACCCCAGGCCAACCAGAAAGACACAUGUCUAAUAAUGCCUUGGUAUGUGAUUUUUUUUUUCAUACAAAGAGCUGUCAUAGGUAUUGAGAAAAGGAAACAAAAAGACAGUAGAAGUCCAUUGUCUCUUGAUAACUAUUUCUUAGAAACAAAUGGAAGUAAGUGUUCUUAUCGAAAAAUAAAAAAUAAAAUGUUUAAAGGGUAUCACCACUCCAACUGUCAAGCCACCUUGGACAAAGUAUCCAUAUUGUGGUUGCCUUAAUACACUAAAACAUUUUUGUACAUAAUGUAAUUAUGAACCUAUCAGUCUGCAUGGAUGCAAACUGUGUGUGACAAAUCGUCUUUUAAAUGGUCAAUUUCAACUGUACAUUUUUCAUCCAAGUUGUACUCUAGCCAUUGGUUUAGCGUGGACAGAUACUCCAUCUCUAUUUCCAUUUCCGAAGCCCAAGUGAAACAUGUUAAGAAGACUCAGAAUGAAUAUGAAGUUAUCCCAUUGCCGUAGAUGUUUUUAAAGUCAAAUGUGGAGAUUUCAAUUUAGUAUUUUCAAUUUCUUCCCUCCCUCUUUCCCCUGCCUUUCCCAAGACAUCAAAUACCUGGCAUGGUAGAUUAUAGAGAGACACUGGAAGAGAGAAUGAAAUUUUCCAAUGGGAGUAAGAAUAUCUGGUUUACCUCCAAAUUAAGUUUCUUUACAGGAAGUUGGGACCAACUGGAAAUUACAUUAUCACUUCAGACACAAUAUUAUUUCUCUACAGGGAAAUGGAUCGUUGUUGGGAAUAUAAGAGAAUACGUGAUGGGGUAACUGUGGGAGUAAAUGUUAAAGUCUUAUGUUAGUAUGCUUGCAAACAUCACAUCUCUAUGUUGUGGCACCCACGGUUGGUUGAAAUUACCUACAGGUCUAGCCUUUUCUGUACAGUCGCUGUCGCAGCCCAGUAGGUCAGUUGCAUUUAAUCCUAGCAAUAUGUAAGUUUAAAGGACUGUACUUUAAAGCUUAUAUCCUAGACACUCAGUCUGUGACCUGGGCUGACCUUUGCCAUUUCACACAAGCUGAACAGCAAAAUCAAACCAGCCCUUUUCAAUCUGUCAUUUCCAAGCCAUAUCCGAGUGGUUCCAAAAUCACCAGGGAGGAAGGUUUAAAUUAGCCCCUCUCACUCCACCAUGGCUAUGAAAGCGCAACCAUUUUCAUUCCAAUUAAGCCAUAAAGAAGUUUCUCUUCCUGUUGGAUCUAAAAAAUAAUUUCUUUGGUUCUUGUAAUCUUCUCCUUUCCCAUGCUGCACUAUCUCCCAAGCAAGUCUAUAAGCAGACUGAAUCUUGGGGAAGGCUAGCCAGUGCUUGGAAAAUUUCUUGAAAGGAAGACACAAAGUUUAAUUGACAUUCACUUCUAGAGGUGAGAAAUUAUAAAUAAUUUGGAGACAUUAGAAUUUUCAAACCAAUAAAAAAUAUUCCAAGAGAGAUACAAUGGAGUUGCAAAUUACAUGUGAAUUGGGGUCUAUGGCUGGCAUGUGAGUUAAAUGCAAAUCUUCAUGUGCAGACCCUAAGAAUAGACUGGAGAACUGCAGAAGACCAAAGCUGAGGUUUGCUAACUAGCUCCUUGCAUGUGGAAGCCAGACCUGUCACCUACACUGCUUCCUCUCUCUGUCACCCUUUAUUCCCUCUGUGUCACAUUUUUUUCCUCCAAUUUUUCAUUAACCCAACCCAUAAUUACAACCAUUUCCUUCUUCUCUAAACCCCCUCCCCACCUUCCCUUAGUCUGUUCUGUUUAUUCCAGGCUCCACGUGGGUCCAGUCAGUCACCCAUCUAGUCAGUUGCAGGGCCAGGAAUGCAACCCAGCUCUCUUGUCCCAGAUUGUGGACUUCCUUAGCCAUCCAACACUGCCUGCUGGGGUUGCAUUUUUAUAUUGAGAGGGCAUUAUUUGGUAUCCGUAAGACUCCACAUACAGCUUCACCAAAUAUUCUAUAGUAAGAGAAUAUUCUACAGUGAUUUGCAUUUCUCCCCCUACUCCCACCCAGACUACUAUCCUUCAGCAAGCAGGUGUGGACCCAUUUAAUAAGGAGUCUGAUUUAGGAUGAGAAACUGAUGAAACCUAGAUAUAAAAGCCUCCUUAAAGGUGCCAAUGGACCUUCACCAUACCGUGUGGCUAGGUGACCACUUGCUUUUCAACCCUCAUCUCCAGGGUGAAGUUUGUGCUCCUCAAAUAGCCUGUCUCUGGCUACAACGCAAAGAAGAAAAGUCAAAGGAAAGGAGAGUAUGUAGGUUUGCUUUGUGACUUGGCAGGACUAGGACUCAACAGUCAAGGACAGUCCAGGAAAGGUGACUAAAAGUCUGGAAGAAGGUGAACAUGUUAACUUGACUAAUGUCUGGAGUGGGAAGCCAUGUCCAAUGGCAGACAGAAUUUGUGUUCUGCACAUUGCCCGGUCUAUAAUAUGAUAAGCAAGUGGUGACAGAAUUAUAGUAUAAGGUGAUGUAUUAUAUGCAGAUCAUAAAGGAUUUGGUAUUAGAAGUUAAGUAGAAAAUCCCACUCCUGGCUUAUUACCCAAUAAUAUUCAGAUAAUGAGCUUUUGGAGAAUGCUUUUCCCUAUCACCAGGAAGAUUUACCUGGUAACUGUCUAUAAAGUCUUAUAGAUAUCUUUCCAAAGCCUUUAAAUGCCAACUGUAGCGUGCAGAGAGAGAGGGUAGCAGGAGCUGAAAUGCCUCAGAAGCCAUUUAAGUGUUACGUUGCAGGAUUUUCAGUCCUCCUCAUUAUGUAAAAGGAGAUAAAUAUAGACAUUUUUCUCAACACUACCCUAUCGUAUCACAAUGGUCCAAAUGCCAGAGCUUACAGAUAAUGUCAUCACAGUGCCUAGAAACUCAAACUGUAAUAUACCGUAGCAUUUCCUUGGUGUUUCCUAAGGUUUCUUUCCACAAUACAAGGCUCCCUCUGCCUCUUGUUUCUUAGAGAGUUCACCCCACUGACAGUCUGCCUUCCCUGUAAGACUCAGUCAUUUGGGGAACAGUCUUAGAAGCACAUAUCAACCAAGGAAGUAACUUCCUGGAUAUCUAUUGCCCACUUGCCCAGGUAUAAUAAACACUAAAGGGGGGAAAACUGACAAGAACUGCCAACUAGUCGACCCGGAAGGGCAGUUCUACCCUAGGUUGGUGUCUUUCUUUUUCUUCCUUUUUAAAAAAAAUCUAUUUCUUAAAUAAUAAUAAAUGCACAUGAUGUGUUAAAUAUGUACAUAUAUAUUUCAAAAGAAAAAAAAUGGGCACAAGAUUGUCUUACAAGUCGUGCUGGCUAAUUUUUAGUUUGUAUUCAUAAGUGGUUUUUAAAAGCCUUUUUUAAAGUGUAAUUUGCAUGUUCUACUUUGAUUGUAUGUAAACAUAUUUUAGAACAAAAAUGUAUUUGUAUUUUAUUGAAUAUAGAGGCAAGAAAAUUGUACAUUGUUUGAAAUGUUCUUUUGUAACAGUUUUUAUUCAUAAAGCAUUUUUGUACAUUUAAAAUGAACACGGACUUGAUGUUAUUUGAGGCGUAGAUACAUCUGGCAUGCUUUACUGUCAUGCUCCUCCAUGGUCUUAGAUGUUGGGUUUUAAACAUUUUUUUCUAAAAGAAAGCUCAGUCUUUUUCGCUACCAGAUCAGGUUAGCACAGUAUAGAGCACUUAACUAUUAAAAAAAAAAAGUUAAUCCUAUUCAUAUGUUAUUCAUUGUGUGAAAUUAAAGACAUUCAAUUCAGUCUAA